UGAUAAUAGACGGAUAAGAUGUUAUCGAGGAUGACAGAAGAUCACAGUACUCGUUGUUCCCCACAAUAUCGUUCGGGUCAUGUAUCUAUUAUCUUCACUAUCAAAGUUAUCCGAACCGGACUACAGAGACAGACACUCCAUAUUCUGUAUACCAAAUGUUUAAUGACAUUAAAGGUGAUCGGGCGAGCUAAAGGAGUAAAGCACAAAUUGUAUUUAAUUAAACAAACAAAUUGUCUGUAGUGUACAGCGUGCGGUCGUGCCUGGGAGGUUUGACUUGAUAGGGCCAGUGACGGCCGUUUUAUCAGAUAUUCAGUUUCUACGUAUUCAGCCGCCAUUUGCCGGGUCACCACUUAAAGUCCCGAGUUCGCUACAAUCCACCCUUAUUGCGUCUAUCUUUAUCGGUGCUUUUAACGAAUCGUUUCGUGUGCAGCUAUAGGAGUAUACGACGACUAUGGAUCAUUGGAAUCGCGAUGCAGAUAAUGUCUCAUAUCGUGUAGGUAUACAAUGUUAUAAACCAUGGUCCGUGGCUGAUAGGGAAUGCGCGACUCCUAUCAGCUAGAGAGAUUAAUCAUUUUCACUUGCGACUUGUGAGUAGAUUACUAGGAUAACAACUAGGGUCACUCUACCAUUUCUUUAUUUUUGUUUAUAAUAUAGACAAAAAGUUCAACAGUAUCGAGCAUCAGUCAAUAAUUUCUUAUUGCGGUCGCCCGCCCUCGAUUGUCAUUUUACAUUCGGGCGGCGUCGUGACGUACGCGCCGGACAGUGUUCGCGUAAUGGCGACCCKUGYGACWCAAGUGGGCAGUGGCUGGUACUGAUUACUGAACGGACCGCGUUCGUAUAAGUGAUAACAACAGUGAUUCUUUGCGAUCCCCGGCUCCCCUCAGGCCACUGUACCGAUAGUCGUUCCAGUGGCACAGUGGGUUGUCGCUUCGUCGGCCGUACCGCGUACAGCGCACUUGUGUACCUACUGGCGUACGUUUUCCGAGUUCCGUCGUUUUACUUUUGUACUUCGUUUACAGUUUAUACCAAAUACCAAAUACCAUAUAUAUAAAAUAUAGUGUUUGUUUACACAUCGUUCGACUGCGAACCGACAAAUUAUUGAUGAUCUCAGUAUCUUACAUCUCAACGGCUCCACUUGUCCACUUGUUCUGUAGACCCGUAGUCACUAGUCAACAGUCGUUUCGUCGUCGUCGGAGAAUGCGUUACUGAAGUUGGUUGCCUACGUCCAUUACCGGUCAUUGUAAAGAAGCCAUUUUCUGUCAACCAUCGUCACAUCCCUGAAGGUAUAAUAAUGAGUAUAAGCAAAUCACCAAGGAUCAUGGUCUUUAGGCCAAACUGGGAAGAAUUUCAAAAUUUUAGUAGUUAUAUUGAAUACAUGGAGUCACAGGGAGCACAUAAAGCAGGAAUCGCAAAAGUUAUUCCACCGCCUGAAUGGAUUCCAAGGAAAACUAGUUAUUAUAGCGAAGAUAUUAUGAAUAUUAUUAUUCCAGCUCCAAUCUGCCAAGAUGUACGAGGUAAACAAGGAAUAUAUCAACAACUUAACAUACAAAAAAAGCCCAUGACAGUGGCAGAAUAUAGAAAAUUGGCCGAGUCUCCAGAGUACAUUACACCAUGUCAUUUUGAUUAUGCUGAUCUUGAAAGAAAAUAUUGGAAAAACAUUAUUUACAAAUGUCCAAUAUAUGGUGCAGAUGUAUCAGGGUCUAUUACAGAUAAGGAUGUAAAUGUCUGGAAUAUUAACAAACUGGGUACAAUUUUGGACUUUGUGAACGAAGAUUAUGGAAUUCAAAUUGAAGGAGUUAAUACUGCUUAUCUUUAUUUUGGUAUGUGGAAAACAUCAUUUUCUUGGCACACUGAAGACAUGGAUUUAUACAGCAUAAACUAUAUUCAUGAAGGAAGUCCAAAAUCAUGGUAUGCAAUACCACCGGAACAUGGACGGCGUUUUGAGAGAUUAGCAAGUGGCUUUUUUCCAGGAGAUUCUUCUAUAUGUCAAUCAUUUMUGAGACACAAAAUGUCUCUUAUAUCUCCUCAAUUAUUAUCUAAAUAUUCUAUUCCAUACAACAAAAUAACACAGGAGCAAGGAGAAUUUAUGAUAACAUUUCCGUUUGGAUACCAUGCYGGUUUCAAUCAUGGUUUCAAUAUGGCUGAAUCCACUAACUUUGCCUCACCUCGUUGGGUGGAAUAUGGAAAAAGGGCAACUCUGUGUCAUUGUCAAUCUGACAACGUAAAAAUCAAUAUGGCAACCUUUGUGAAACGUUUUCAGCCUGAAAAAUAUGAUUUGUGGAUUAAAGGAAUUGAUGUUGGUUGUCAUCCAGAAGAUCCUACUCGUAUGUUUGCUGCACCUUUGCAAUCUUAAACAUAUUUAUUUUCGGGUACCUUAAGUUUCUCUCAGGCAAAUAAGUWUUACUCUUCAGUGUUUGAGUGUAAAUAAUUAAAUAAUUAAUACUGAGAGUGUUAUACUUAAAAAGCCUUAUUUAAAUAUGAUA